AAUGCAAUAUGUUACAUAUUCAAUGAUAUUUUAGUUAUGUUUAACAAUCUGCUAGUUUUUCGCGGCGCAUUUGGCUACACCAGUGUAUAACGUUAGUUGGCAAGAGGUAAAUUUUAUAGUAAUUGGGAACACUGAAACAUGACACCAUACUGUAAACAUUGAACAAUGAUCCAUUGUUUAUGGUAGUCUAUGUCUGUAUUGUCUGUAUCAGUGUACCACUGUUGAUAGCUUGUUGUUUUACAAUUGGAAGAAAUUUAUUAAUAUUAUCAGUAUGGCUAGUUCUAGUAGUAAUUCAAUUUCGAGAAUGAACAAAACAAAUGGAAGUAAAAGACCUUCAUUGAAUCAAGACAGUCAACCAAAAGGGAAUGAGAUUGUUUCUAAAAAUGAUCGCAAUAAUUCUGCAUCAACAAAAAGUAUAUCCCGAUUCAGACCAGGAAGAGGAGGAUUUGGAGGUGUGAAAUUGAAAGCACCAAUGUCAGGUGUUCGAUACACUGCAAAGCCGAUUGUUCCUGCUGAAAAAGCAGAGUUGAUUUCAGUAGCUAAAGCUAUGCAUCGAGAAAAUUUUGGAAAACGUGUUCAAGAAACAUUUAGUCCUGAGGUAGCUGCUGCUGUACGAGCUGUGGAAACAGGGCAUUAUGUUGGAUGGAGAUGCCCAGAGUUCACUUGGGACUGUAUCAGAGUUGGAGAAGAAUCUAAAUGCUUUUGUGGUCAUUUGUUGAAUCAACACAGAUAUUUUAAUGGAACAAAAUCCCAAGUAUCUUGUGCUAUUCAUGAUUGUCGCUGCAGAAGUUUUGAAUUUGUUCCAUCAAGACCAGAAGAUGUUGGUGAAUUCUGGCUUAAAAAAAGACCAGGAUAUGAUCCUAGCACUUGGACAGCAAAAUGCAGAUGUAAGCAUUCUCAUACUAAUCACUCACCAAUUGGAGUUCGAAGAUGUCAGUUUAAGGGUUGCAGAUGUCAUCAGUUUGAAUCUAACUUUCUCUGUGCUGCUUGUGAUAGACAUUGGGAAGAUCAUCAAACUUUCUUUGAAACUGAAGAUAUAAGGGUCGCAAAUGGGCUGCCAAUUGGCGAAGCUUAUAUACCGUUUGCCGAAUUAUCUGAACUACGUGAUAUGGCUCUAACUGGAGAUGCGAAGAACAGUAAAUCAUAUUUAGCAAUAAAGGAAACUCAAAGUCCAUUUGCAUUGCAACAAAACUUCAAUGAUCUCUCUCUUCAAACAACCUCGCCAACUCAUAGUAAUAGCGGAAGAAUUACAAACGAAACACCAGUACCUUUUGGUUAUCAGCGGCCAAAGGGAUCUCCUUUUGACUAAGCCGAGUAUGAUAAGAUAUUGUGGAACAUUAAUAUUGUUUAGUGGUGCUACCAAUUUUGGAGUGAACUCGAGAAUCAUUGCAAUUCUUCAAUGUGAUAAAGUCAUGACAUCCUUGAUAACCGAUGUGCUACUGACUUAUCUUUUUCGGAUUGUAAAAAAGAAUUGGGUUGUUUUUUUAUCAACAAUCAGGUCUUUGAGACAUGAUAGCUCAUUGACCCAAGUAACACAUAUUCAUUUUACCACUUGUCUUACCGUACUUGAGUAAAAACUUGUAAUAUCUAUUGUUGCUUUCUUUUGUUCAAUAUAUAUAUACAUAUACUUCAUAUGUCUUGUAUUUUAAUUUAUUUUUUACUGAAUGUAAUUCUUAUAAUAUUUUAAACACUGUAAUUACACAUAUAGAUUAUUUGCACUGUGGCAUAUGUUCUUUUUUAUUCGUCUCACUGCAUUGCACUUGUAUAUUUUUCUUUUGUUUUACUGUGUGGAACAGGCAUCUGCCACUUCUGUCUCGCGUAUACUUUGUAACCAUGUACAGAAAUAUAUAUAUUUUUUUAGUUUGUAAUGUUCUCUCGUUUAGUUUGUAACAUUACCUCGUUUUCGCGUUUUUGAACUAUAUAUUCGUUAGUUUUCUGUUGUGUUUCGGAAACUUAAAUAUAAAUCAGAUAAUCCAAUUA